AUGAUGGUAGAGUCAGAGUGACCUGGACGAGACCAUUCGUGUUUACGUCUGAUUUCUUUUAUCACAUAUCUGAAGAUUGCGGCCUUGGACCAGCAAAACAAGGAAUCUCACGGGGAUUAAAUGGAUUGCCCAAACAGAAGCGCUCUGUUACAAAUUUUACUAAUUUCGGUUUUAGAAGCCUAACCUUAUCAUCCGCUGAACCCGUCCCUCACUCUUCGUUUGAAAGCAAGCUACGACACAAGCAUUUGCGAUGCGGAAAUGAUUCAGUGACGAGAUCAAUCUCUCAUAUAAAUUAGAGAAGCUCGAAAACGAUCAACAAUGAAGAUUCCGAUAGAUUUUUCUUUUGUCUAGAAUUUGUUGUUCUUUUGGCCAUGAUAUCUCUGCGUAGCCUUCUUCAGUUAACGCUGCUACUGAAUCACGGCUGUUGGUGGGGGGUCCAUCCGAGCCCCACCGAUGAGGGUGCACUUCGGGCCAGCCACGGAGACCACGGAGAACCGGGCCAUAAAGAGCCUCACAAGGACUCAUAUAGCACCUUCGCUUCCGAGUUUCUGGAGUCCCGUUAUCUGUCGGACGAUGGUUACCCCUUCCCCACAGCGCCUCCUGUUGAUCCAUUUGCCAGGAUCAAGGUUACAGACUGUGGAGUAACCAAGGGUUGCAUCAGGUAUGGGAAGCCGGGCUGCGAUGCAGAGACGUGUGACUACUUCCUGAGCUACCGCAGGAUCGGGACAGAUGUGGAGUACGAGAUGAGCGCAGACACAGACGGCUGGGUGGCUGUGGGCUUCUCCUCCGACAAGAAGAUGGGAGGAGAUGAUGUCAUGGGCUGUGUCCAUGACGAUAACGGGCGUGUGCGUAUCCACCACUUCUACAACGUGGGCCAGUGGGCCAAAGAGAUCAAGAGGAACCCGGCACGGGAUGAGGAGGGACUGUUUGAGAACAACAGGGUUACCUGUCGCUUCAAGCGCCCGCUGUAUGUCCCCCGCGAGGAGACUCUGGUGGACCUGCACCUGUCCUGGUACUACCUGUUUGCCUGGGGCCCGGCCAUACAAGGCUCUAUCACCAGACAUGACAUUGACGCUCCCCCCGUCAGUGAUCACAUGAUCAGCAUCUAUAAGUAUGAGGACAUCUUCAUGCCCUCCACAGCCUACCAGACCUUCUCUUCUCCGUUCUGCCUACUGCUCAUCGUGGCUCUCACCUUCUACCUCCUCAUGGGCACCCCGUAAGCAGGACAGCCUAUAAGCAGGACAGCCCAUAAUGAGAAAGAGGAAAGACGAGAACAGAAGAGAAAUGGAGAAUCAGCAAUAAGACCUGUUUUUAUCCUGGAUACGGGGUGCACUUUGAACAGAAAUACACAUAAGCUAUUACAUACAGAAUCAUGUCUAUUAAUAUUAUUAAUGCCUGGCACAAAUGAGAGAAAUCAUGAAGCCAACAAUUAGUGUUAUCAUAACAACCUAACCCUUACCCUAGUCAGACAAUGGUUCCAGCCACUGUAGAUAGCAGAGAUCAGUAGCAUAUAGGUUUAGCAGGUAUUUGAUUUGCUAUAUUUAUGUUAACCACUACAAGGAUUAACCAACACACUUCCCAGUGAGCCCGUAUUCGUCUUCUCAUAACUUGUCAUUCUAAUGCAUGCAGAAGAUUGCUUGUUGGAUCAGUCUGGACCAGCCCAUGUAAGGAUCAUUAAUGAUACACUAAGGCCUGAAAUAUCAAGCUGCCCGUAGAAUAUUGUCCAGAUAGAGAGUGCGUUGCUGUAUUUGUCUUUCCAAGCUACAAUUACAUACCAACUUUUGUGUUCAGCAUAUGAGGAAAGUAGGUGUGUCUGGGAAAAGUUGUUUACUUGUAGGUCUGCUGUGGUUGGUGUAACUGAUGGUGUAACGGAUGGUGAAACGGAUGGUGAAACGGAUGCCACACAGACCAGGAGAGCUGAGAGUUUGUCUAGAGGGUGAGGGUUGUUCACUGGCCCCGUUUGACCUGUUGUACAUAAGAGUUAAGGAAUCUCUCUCACUAAACUAGUUAUUUGCUCGGAAAUGCUUCCCAUUGAAACUGCCUGUGUUAUUUACCAUGCUAGUGUUUGUUAUCAAUUAAACUGUCAUUAGAAAAUAA